AUGGCGGGCGACACAUUUCGCAAGCCUCCUCAGGCACCCCCGCUAUUCACGGCCACGCCAGAGUCGGUGAUUGAAGAUACCAAGAAAUUGUUGGAUACUUCCAGAAAGAUCACAGAUGAUAUCGUGGCGUCGGUCCAAGCAAAAGAUGCCAGCUUCCACAACGUCCUUCUGCCCAUGGCUCACGACGAGAACAAACAGUCCCUGAAGGCACAUAUUCUCGGGUUCUAUCAGUCUGUGUCUACGGAUCAAUCACUGCGGGAUGCAUCGACCGAGGCCGAAAAGCUCAUGGAUGACUUCAGCAUUGAGGCGGCCAUGCGGGAAGAUGUGUUCAAACUGGUGGAUGCUGCCUUGAAGAGAGGGGACAAAUUGGACCCGGAGUCGCAGAGGCUGCUGGAGAAGGAACACAAGGGGUUUGUGCGGAAUGGGUUGAACAUCCCAGCAGGGCCCAAGAGGGACCGGUUUAAGGAGAUCAAAAAGAGACUGAGCUCCCUGAGCAUUGCCUUCUCCAAGAACCUCAACGAAGAGAAUGGUGGUCUAUGGUUCACCGCGGAAGAACUGAACGGCGUACCCGAGGACGUCAUCUCAUUGUUGAAGAAGGAAGGCGACAAAUACUGGCUGACGUUUAAGUAUCCCGACCUGUUUCCGACCCUCAAGUACGCCACCAACAGUGCCACCCGCCAAAAGGUCUUUAUCGCCAACGAAAACAAGUGUAAUCAGAACGUCCCAUUGUUUCGAGAAGCCAUACUACUGCGGGAUGAAGCCGCUCGUUUGCUGGGAUAUCCCAACCACGCUGCGUUCAGGAUCGAGGACAAGAUGGCUAAGACGCCGGAGACGGUCGACGAUUUCUUGGGCGACCUUCGCAAUAGGUUGAGCCAGGGCGGAUUGGAUGAGAUAGAAACUUUGAAGGCGCUGAAGAAGUCUGACCUGGAGUCGCGGAAUGAGAAGUUUGACGGACGAUACUACCUGUGGGAUCAUCGGUUUUAUGACCGGAUGAUGGAAGAAAAGGACUACCAGCUCGACCAACAGUUGAUCUCUGAGUACUUCCCGCUGCAGACCACGAUCAAGGGCAUGCUAGAGAUCUUUGAACAACUGUUUGGAUUGGAGUUUGUCGAGGUGGUGGGCGAGGACCGCGACGCCAUCUCCGCUUCCGGCAAAGGCUCCGACAUUGUCUGGCAUGACGAAGUUCAGGUCUUCAGUGUCUGGGACGACGAGGGCGAAGGAAGCGGGUUCGUGGGUUAUCUCUAUCUGGAUCUCUUCCCGCGGACCGGCAAAUAUGGACACGCGGCCAAUUUCAAUCUUCAACCGGGCUUCAUCACCGAGAACGGCACCAGAAGAUACCCGGCCACGGCGCUUGUUUGCAAUUUCUCCAAGCCUACGGCCAAGAAACCGAGUCUGCUGAAGCACGAUGAAGUGACCACCCUGUUCCACGAGUUGGGUCACGGCAUCCACGAUCUCGUGGCCCGCACCACAUACUCACGGUUCCACGGCACCAACACGGUCCGGGAUUUUGUGGAAGCCCCGAGCCAGAUGCUGGAGAACUGGUGCUGGACGCCGUCUCAGCUGAAAUCCUUGAGCAGACACUAUUCGACCCUGUCACCAGACUACUACAGCUCGUGGAGAGAAGCCCAAGGCAUAGAUGCCACCAGCAAGAAGCCCGAGGAACGCAUCCCAGAUGAUCUCAUUGAGAAGUUGAUCAAGACCAAGAACCUGAACGGAGCUCUGUUCAACCUUCGGCAGCUCCACUUUGGCAUCUUCGACAUGACCAUCCAUGAAGCCAAGGAUCACGAGAGCCUCGAGGCCAUGAACAUCUCCGAGACUUACAACUACCUUAGGAAGGAUAUCAGUAAGAUCGACGGCCCAGAGGCUCUGGGUCAAGGUUACGGCUGGGGUAACGGUCAAGCCACCUUUGGUCAUUUGAUGGGUGGUUAUGAUGCCGGCUACUAUGGCUACCUGAGUUCGCAAGUUUACUCGACCGACAUGUUCUACUCGGUCUUCAAGAAGAAUCCGAUGGAUCCCAAGGAGGGUCGACGGUACCGCUACACGGUUCUCGAAAAGGGCGGGAGCCAGGACGAGAUGAAGACUCUGAUUGAGUUCCUCGGCAGAGAGCCCAAGACGGACGCCUUCUACGAGGAGCUCGGUCUUACCAAGGGCACGCAGUCGGGAGCCACGACUGCCAGCUAG